UAGAAAGCUCAUAGGAAACAGGCAGCUGUGGAUUUGUCAUGAAGAGGAAGUCGAGGUGGUUUGACUUGAGUUUAUUAAAGACCUGACACGUCAGAGAGGAAGAGAGUGAGUUCAAGUGUCCGUUUUAUUUAGUUCUGGUUAGUUUGACCAGGUCUGAACGUGACAUCAUGGGGAGAAGCUGUAUAGUUGAAUGUUUGCUCCUCUGCUUUCUUUCAGUCAGUGAAUGUACCAUUGAAGUCAAUGGUAUUGAGGGUCAGAACGUGACUCUGCCUUGCAGAUAUGAUGUCAAAAAUAAGGGGCCACAACACACAUGCUGGGGGAAAGGAACCUUACCAAUCAACGGUUGUAGUGACCAAAUCAUCUCGACUGACGGGACUAAAGUGACAGAUAAAGUUUCGAGCAGAUAUCAGUUAAUCGGUGACCUGAUAACAGGGGAUGUGUCUCUAACCAUCUUCAAUACUUCUGAGAAGGAUUCUGGAAUUUAUGGAUGUAAAGUGCAACACAUAGGAUUUUUCAAUGAUGAGAAAUUUGAAGUCACUUUGACUGUAAACAAAGCACCUGUCCCUCCAACAUCCAGGACACCAGAUAACAUGACCACUACCUCACAGACCAGGGGCUAUCCCACACACGACACAUUCUCGACACAUUACAUCAAAUCGGAAUCGCAGAUUGGAUUCAAUAACCAAUUUAAGAUCCUGCUGUCCAUUCUACUGGUUCCUAUAGCUGUAUCUGCUCAUGUUUUGAGAAAGAGAUGGAAAAGAGAUGCUCUGGUCCCUGAAAUGUAAGAAGACCAUUUCCUGAAUCGACCACUUCAAACUGUCAUAGUCGAUGAAUCACCACAAUAAUUUAAUGAAUGACUGAGUCACUGUGUGAUAUCUGUAGAUGGGGCAUGUGGGCUUACUUAGAAAUGUUUAGACCCAUAUGGUCUUUGAGGCUUGAUUUCAUUAAAACUAUGUGUUGUGCUCAUAAAUUUGCAUACAUUGGCAGAAAUUGUGAA